UGAUGUUUUUAAAUAGUGUUAGUUUAAUUUUUACUACAGAGUUGAACCAAACUGGAAUUCACAUAGUCAGUACAGAUGAAAGGUCAUUGACGCUUUUCUGGGAGCUGAAUUCAGACAUACACGAAUCUCCAGUAAACGUCACAGUUGUUGCAAAUAAUGUCGAUGGUGGUGAGGAAUACACUUGUAUUCUAGGACAGGCUAGAAAUGCAACCUGCGCUGAUCUCGACCCUGGAUGUAACUAUACCGUCAAAGUGAAUGUCCAAAGAGGAACUUUUGAGGGCUCUGUGCUUACCUCUGCCUCUUUAGUUCCUGCUAGUCCUGGAAAAUUAAACACUACUCUUUGUGGAGUUUUUGAGGCACCAGAUGUCACUUUAUGUUGGGACCCAAGUGAAGGGUGUGUGGAUUAUUACUAUGUAUACGUUACACAGUCAGGUGGUGAGGUAGUCUUUUCGACCCAAACAUCUGACGGUGCGAAUUUCACAAAAGUCACCAAUUUGACAGCCGGGACAGAAUACAAUAUAACAAUCUUUGCACACAGUUUUAACCAAUCUAGCGCUUCAACAUUGGACACAUUUAUAACGCAACCAAGUGAACCAAGCCAGCAACUAAACCUCUCAGUUAAAGUUCUCGGAAAAACGGAAGUAAAGUUAAAUUGGGAAUCUCCUAAACACCCAAAUGGGGUGAUUUCUGCCUACACGUUGUGCUUUGCUUACAAGCACUAUUGGGACCAGUCAUACUCCGAAACAAACUGCACUAACAAAACAGCGCCGGAAAUGGACGUGAAUGGAAACCACUUUAAAACAAACUUGUCACUUCCUUUUGCAGGUACAUUUUAUACCUUUUCUGUUGCUGCUCUUAACGAAAUGUUCACAGGAAAAUCUGUAUUUGUUGACGCAAGAACUCACGAAUCAACACCCGGGCGUGUCACUGGACUGUACUCACAGGCAACCAACACAACCAUUACCUUGAUGUGGUCACGUCCAGCUGUCCCGAAUGGAGAUAUCAUAAAGUAUGAGCUUCAAUGGGAAAAAGGGGGAAAGAGGUGCUUGGUCGUUAUCAAAGCAGAUACACAAUCGACCUGGGUACCCCAUGGUGAAAGCUGUGGUUCGGAACUGCCUGAGCCAAUUGAUCUAAACCAAGUGGACGUGAACUACACCAUUACCGCGCUUGAACAUUUUAAAGACUAUGAUCUGUGGUUGAUGCCAUUUACAGCUGCAGGAGGAGGAGAUUUCAGUGAACUAAAACAACGAACACUUGAAACAAGCCUGGGCCCAGUGGGUAAUUUGACAAUACGCGAUAUUGGGUCAACCGCGAUAAACGUGGCAUGGACGAUUCCUGAAAUCAAACCAGGUCCAACCAACUACACAGCGGUCGCUAGGAGCACGAUACCAGGACUGGAACACACUGCUCGGUGUGAAGUGGAAGAUUACACGAGCACUGGAUGUGAGAUAGAGAGCCUCCGCGAAUUUUGGCAGUACCAGGUGAAGGUCAUUGCAGAAACCAAGGGAGGGAUCAGUGUAACAAAACUCUCUCAGCCUUUCUAUACCGAAGAAUCAACCCCAGGGACACCGACGUCAUUUCAAGUACAACUUUUAAAAGAUCUGACAAACGUAUGUGACGCCACAAAGGUCACAGUUACCUGGAGCGAACCCAACCUCCUGAACAGAAAUGCCAAUAUCACACAGUAUGUUGUACAGACGGAGCAACAUAAUCACGAUGUGUUCACGUAUACCGUUGAUGACCCUAAACCAUUUUCCAGACACAACAGUCAGUUUUCAUUGGUGUAUGGAGGUCUCAAGGCUAAUCGGGUAUACCAGUGGCAGCUAUAUGCAGUUGGAAGAAAUGGGGUCAAGGGAAAGCCUGCUUACCAAGCAUUUUGGACGGAGGAAUGCGCUCCCCCAAGAAUGGACUCUCACAUUGAGAUAUUAGAGAUUACCUCGUCAUCGGCCAUUGUUGACCUUGAUCCUAAUUUCUUCACAAACAAAAUACAAGGGGAGAUAGUGAAGUAUGGAAUGGUAGGAGGAAAUGGACGAGAUGUGGUAAAAAAAGUAUAUGGAAACGAUGUUAUGAAUGUAGGAAGCUGGAGCAAUUUUACAUCAAAUAACAACCAGGGUGCUUAUAGAUUCACCUUCAACUUGGCACCGAUUGUGAAUGGUAAACUUCGGCUAGAGGUUGGACAAAAUAAAAACUGCAGAAAACACGAUCUUGAAAAUUUUUGCAAUGGGCCGCUUCCUAGUGGAUUAGAACUAUGGGUAAAGGCCUAUGCCUGCACAAGGGUUGCAUGCACUGUGUCCGAGCACUAUGGACCUUUCACAAUCCAACAACCACACCAAGAUUCGAAUGCCAGUGGUGUGGAUGGGGGCUUGAUUGCAUUGCCCAUUCUUAUUGCCAUCCUUAUCCUCAUCAGUAUGUUUCUGGUUCUUUGGUGGCGAGGAGCAAUUGACCCGCUUCAGUGGAAGUGGAAGAAACAAGUGCUUGGAGUAGGCGAGGAAGAACAGGAACAAGACACAUAUCAAGAGAUUGCAGAGCCCGACAGGCGCGUAACUAAGGCCUAUUUGGGAUUACGAAGAUCGAUGCCUUGUGGACCGAUAUCCUGUUGAGUAUGCGAACAUGAAUUAGCAAAGAACUGGUCUUUGGGCGCCAAUGGGCGGAAUUCGGAGUUCAACAAACAAUACAAUGAUUCAGUACAUACGUUGGCACGUGGAGAAAAAUUACUAUUAGAGAGGUGCAAAGUUGAAAAUUUGAUGAAGGAACACUUAUUUAAUCGCUUGUCAGUCAAUAGUCAUUUUUUUAUUCGACCAGCGCGCUAUUACAUUGACGUCUGGCCGAGGGCACGAGAAUGCUUGGUUCUUCCAAGACCAACGGGAAAUAGUUCUGACAACUGACCGACAAAUCUUAUCUAGGUGUUUAAUUAUAUGACUUUUAUCAAUGUGAAAUAUUUUUACAACAAUUAAUAUAAAAAAUAUAACACCAACGUGCGGUAAACACGACACAAUACACCGGGCGCAGGACAUAAGUCUUGUAAUUUCAUG